UCGGCCGAACUCGGCGGCGCCACGUCUGGCUCGGGGCUGUGCCGUUCCGGCGCUGCUCUCGUCUCUCCCUCAGCCGUCGGUUCCUGUGAGUCCUCGGCGGCGACGGUGGCUGCGACAUGUCGGACCUGGGGGACUGGUUCCGGAGCAUUCCGCUCAUCACCCGCUACUGGUUCGCCGGCUCCAUCGCGGUGCCGCUGAUCGGCAAGCUGGGUCUCGUCAGCCCCGUCUACCUCUUCCUUUGGCCCGACGCUUUCAUCAACCGCUUCCAGAUCUGGCGGCCAAUAACGGCAACUUUCUUCUUCCCAGUGGGACCUGGAACAGGUUUUCUCUACUUGGUGAAUUUGUAUUUCCUGUAUCAAUAUUCAUCACGUUUAGAAACAGGGGCUUUUGAUGGAAGACCUGCAGAUUACAUGUUCAUGCUUCUGUUUAACUGGAUCUGCAUUGUUAUAACUGGCUUGGCAAUGGACAUGCAGUUGCUGAUGAUUCCGCUCAUCAUGUCUGUUCUUUAUGUGUGGGCCCAGCUGAACAGAGACAUGAUUGUAUCGUUUUGGUUUGGAACAAGAUUUAAGGCCUGUUACCUUCCAUGGGUUAUUCUGGGAUUCAACUACAUCAUUGGAGGAUCAGUCAUCAAUGAGCUCAUAGGAAAUCUGGUUGGACACCUGUAUUUCUUCCUAAUGUUUAAAUACCCAAUGGAUCUGGGAGGAAGGAAUUUUCUGUCCACACCUCAAUUCUUGUACCGCUGGCUGCCAAACAGGAGAGGAGGAGUGUCAGGGUUUGGAAUCCCACCUGCUAGCAUGAGAAGAGCUGCAGAAGAUCAGCAGGGUGGUGGAAGACACAACUGGGGUCAAGGUUUCCGGCUGGGUGACCAGUGAAAAAACUCCUCCUGCCCUUGGGAAACAGCAACUCUUUGGUUUUAUUUGCUUGUAGGAUUGAUCCUUCCUGGUGCAGAGCUUGCUAAAGAACUGAGCUCUCUGUAGUGCUGUUGGAUUUUACUGUUUUGGAACAAUUUUUCUGGUGCAAGAGAAAAUUAAGAAAAAUGUUCAGAAGGGAAAACAUAGAUCUUACUCCAGGCUAGCCAGUAGUGUCAGACUUGAUUCUGCCAUUAAAAAUAAGCUGCCUUUGUACAGUCUUGUCUGUCUGUCACAACAGGCUUCCAUUUUUGCCAUCUUGUUCUGUGCUGUGAUGGAAAAAUAUACUGAUGUUCUGUCUCGCCUGUUAAAAGCUUUGUUGGUCAAGAAUUCAGUGUAUGACAGAUGGAUCAAACUAACCCUAAUGUCUAGGAAGCUGAUUUUUUUUCCAUAGCUGUGCUUAAGUCCUGGGGUCUUUCGAAACAUUAAGUGAUAUUUUUGUGCUGCAUUCAUAAAGUAAAGUGCAAAUGUUUGUUUCCAUUAUUAAGCUGUAUUUUUGAGAGCAGUUUUCUCUUGUCAUGCAGCAUAUGUCCAACCCGAUACAGCAUGAGAUGUGCAAGACUAAGAAUAAGAGGGCUUUCAUUUCAAAUGGCAGUUGCAGAUAUUCACACAAUUGAAAUUUCUAAUUUUUCAUGGCAUGUCCAAGGCUUGCUCUGUUUGAACUGAAGCUGCCUGAAUUCUUUGGGUUUUUUUUUUUUUUUUUUUUUUUCUUCUCCUGAGAUCUUCUAAGUUCUUGGCUUCUGGCUUUCUGUUUUGAUUGUAAAAUCGGGUAUUACAGACAGUAACUUACAACUAGAAAAUGUAGCAUACUGUGGUUAAUAUAAAGGGUACUCAGUGCAGCAUUAUGUUUAUAAUAACUGAAUCUACAACUUUUUCUUAAAAGCUUUAAGAGGUCAGAGAAUCAAAGCUGGAAAUAAACUUUUCCAGGUUAAAGAUA